AUGGGCUGCAAACAGACCAAGGUUACACCUUUCAAGCAGACAUCUCCCGAGGAGGCUCUGGCGGGCAAGAUCAACUGCCCUCACGAGCUGUACUACGCCAAGUGUAAGGUGACACGGCCCACACCCCGCCUGUCAGGGGCGGAGAUUCUUCAACAGCUACGAGAUGAGGGCUUGGUCCCCGACCGUCAGUCCAGCGGAGGAGUGGCCUUCUCUGUCCCCGCCGUGGAGCGGAUUGUUCCCAGUGGCAAAGCUCCCCGAUGUCUGGAGCAAAUCCCAGUGCGAUGCUUCUACACCGCUGAGAGGAGGAGACAGAAGGCUGAUCUCUUCCGAAUAGACAGGUUAGUGGAGCAAGUACAAAGGAAACAACUGGACAGAGAAAUCAAGCACAAAGCUGUCAAGGACGAGAAGAAACGUCGCCAGUUCCUGAAGAAAAUGAGGGCGGAGCAUCAGCUCCAGAUGAGGGAGGAGAAACUAAAGCAGCUGGAGGAAGAGCGGGCGGCGAAGAGGAAGAAGUCCGUGGAGAAGUAGACGAAGUGGGGCACGUUGAUGAUGGUGGUUGGGAUGAAAAUAACAGCGGGUAAUGCAAAUAUGAAUAAAACAAGCAAAAAAAGCAACUUUACCCGUGAAAAAGAAAAAGAACAAAAAGAGAAGCAACAGGUCAAGGGACACAGGAAGCCAGAAGAUGGAACUGAAAUGAAUACAGUUCAUUCGCUUGGAAUGUUGGUAUCUUAAAAAUACUUUAGUUUUUGCUGUUAAUUUAUUUACAAGGCCUCUUUGAUAUGAGAUGCUAUAGUCGUAUAUGUCAUAGAUGAACAUUUUAAAUAACCUGUAAACACUUUC